UGGUUCAAAAGACAAAAUAUAAUGACACAAUGUUCUUAAUUAUCUUAUGUAGGUCCAUUUCCAUGACCCACCAUAAUUUCAAUUGCUUAGUUCAACAAGAAAGGUAGCAUUAGCAACCACAAAAGUAUGGAGGUUGGAAUUUGGAUGGUAACAGUAUUUGUAGUUCAAAGUGUUAUGAGGAAGAAGCAUAAUUGAGUUGAAAGUAGGAAACUUUAAGACUUAAAAGUGGUUUUGGAAAAAUGGGUUCAUCUUGUUUUUUCCUAAUAUGUGUUCUUCAUUCAACAAUAGCUUUAACAUGUGGAUCAUUGAUGGUUUUUUACUCUGAAGAGGUACAUGUCUUAGGACAUGGAACAAAGACAGCAAUAAAGCUACAAGGGUCAACACCACAUGAUCAGUUAUUGAUUCAAACAUCAGAUUCCUUCUCUGGAUUAUUGUUGUUCACAAUAGGGUUUCUUGUGUUCAUGGUUGCUUGUGUUAAGGAUAUGGAGUUUCAAAGUUUCUUUGCUAAAGGGUGUGUGUUUCUUCAUAUUUCAAUGGCAGUUUGGAGAUUUUACUUUGUAGGGAAGGUUGAAGAACUUGCUUGUGAUUGGCCUAGGCAUGUUGUUGGGGAUCUUGCUUUGGCUAUUUCUUGGGUGUUUUUUCUUGUGUAUAUGUGGAGGGAGAAAUAUGAUUAGUAGUUUUAGUUACUCAAUGUAAAAAAAUGUAAAUAUUUUUUCAGUGAUUUGUAGAAAGAAUAAAUGCCGGAUCCUCUACACUUGUUGUACUGUGUAACACUUGCAGGAAACGUUAGAUUUAUUGAUUACGUACCAAGUACCAAUUUCCAAAAGAUCAGUGUCAAUAAAAUAAAAAAUUACAAGUUUUUGUAGGAAAUAAACAAGAUUUUUCAAACUCUA